AUGACGUCAUUCCAGACCUUCCAGUCCUCCCUCCCCCUCAUCUCACUCUCAACCCUCAUCGCGCUCCUCGCGCGCAUCGCCCUCCUCCGCGCCGCGGAAGCCUACAGCUACUCGACCCCCCCGGGCUGCGUCGUGCCGAUGGCGGACGGCGACCGCGAGGCCAUGCGCGCGGUGUACGCGGCGCUGCCCGCCGGCAUGUUCUUCUGGCACGACAGCCCGUCCUCGCCCGAGCUCUUCGACAGGGACGGCAACCUCACCUACAACUGCUGCGCGCCGGCCAGCCUUCGGCCCCCGUCGUGCUACGUCUGGUGCCAGAUCGAGUGCACGGCCGCGGGCCGCGUCACCAGAAUCAUCUCCGACCCGAGUCCCUAUGACAUGCCCGGGCCCCUCGGCUAUAAUGGCUGGAGCUGCCCGCCCGGCGCGCUGUCGCCCGCCAUUGGCGACCUCGCGGAGCUCUCGUCGCUGGUGCUGCGCCACUCGUGCCUCGCCGGCGGCCUGCCGGACUCCGUCUCGCGCCUCCAGAAGCUGACGGAACUCGACGCGCCCGAUAACAGCUUCUCCGGCCCCGUUCCGCCCGGGCUCUUCGGCCUGCCCGCGCUCCGCCACGUGGAUCUGAGCACCACCAUUGGCGGCGGCCUUUCAGGGCCCCUCCCCGACGGGCCCGACGCGUACUCCCCGUCGCUGGAAACGGUUCGCCUUUCCGCACACAACAUCUCGGGGGAGCUUCCGCACGCGAUUUUCCGCGCGCCUGCGCUGCGCGAGUUGCGCAUCGAGGCCAACAACCUCACGGGGGACCUCCCAGGGGAGGCGGGGGCGUACUCGCAGAGCAUCGUCGCGCUCUCCCUGCGCAGCAAUGGGCUGACCGGCGGCAUUCCGUCGGCGCUGGCGGAGAUGACGGCGCUGAGGGAGCUCGACGUGGGGGACAACGGCCUGUCCGGAGACAUCCCACCCGCCAUCGCCUCUCUCUCGACACUCACGCGCCUCGCGCUCGACCAGAACCAAUUGACGGGAGAUAUUAUCGCUGCGCUGGUUCCUGCUGCUGCUGUCUCCGCUACUCCUGACGCUGCUGCGUCUGCUGGUCUCCGCGCGGCGUUCCCGCUGCUCGACUUCCUGGACGUCAGCAGCAACCAGCUCUCCGGCGACGCGGCCGCGCUCGCGCCUCUCCCGCGCGACCUGGGCCACCUGAACGCGUCGCGCAACAACCUCACGUGCAGCGCGGGCAGCACGUUCGUCGCGACCGUCGUGGACCUCUCGCACAACCGCAUCGCCGGCGCGCUGGCGGAAGUCGUGCGCGUGGGCGCGGAGGUGCUGCGCGUGGCGCACAACCAGCUGACGGGGAGCGUCCCCGCGGACCUGCUUUCCGCCGUGACCCACGAGCUCGACCUCUCGCACAACCUGCUCUCCGGCGCGAUUCCCUCCCUCCGCGGCCCCCUCAACCGCAUCGACCUCUCGUACAACAACCUCACGGGCGAGCUCCCGCGCGUUGCGGACGCGUACGAGUUCAGCCUCGAGUCGCUCUCGCUGCGCGCCAACGGUCUGACCGGCGCGAUUCCGACGGCGCUGAAGGCGAUGGGCGGGAUGACGUACCUGGACCUGGGGGAGAAUCGCCUGUCGGGCGCGCCCACGGCGCUCGCGCCGCUGCGCCGUCUGGACGUCGUGCGCCUCGACGGCAACGCGCUGAGCGGGCCGUUCUGCGACGCGCUGCUGCCCGCUCGCGAGCUCUAUCUUGGCUUCAACGCCUUUGGCGGCGACGGCGCGGAUGCGGAAGGGGGAGGCGACCUGCACGGGUGUGUGGUGCCCGCGCAGGUGGAGGUGCUGAGCGCGCCGCACGCGGGGCUGAGGGGGAGCGUUCCGGGGGACCUGUUCAUGCGCGUGGACGAGCAGUGGGGGCGCAUUGUGAUGGGGUCGCCAGCACGUGUGUUGGAAGCGCAGAGGCUGCACGUGAACCUCAGCCACAACAGCCUCACGGGCAGCCUGACAGCUUUCUCCGUGAUCCACAACGGGAGCGUGGACGUGUCACACAACAAUUUCACGGGCACCAUUCCGGAGGGGCUGUUCCGCCUGGCGAGUGGGGAGGGGGCAGAGCGCGGGGCGAGCGGGAGCGCGGAGAGCAGCAGGGCGGGAGGGCAAGGGCAAGGAGUGGUGGACAUGCGAUUUAACGAGCUGUCAGGGCCGCUGUUUGACGUGCGCAGGGACGCGCAGGGGGCGACGGACUGGAGUGUGCUGCGAGUGAGCGGCAACAGCGCUGCCAUGAAGGGCGCCGUGGGCGCGGGGUACCUCCCUGCGCCGUCGCCUGGCGUGCAGGCGUCCGCUGCGGAGACUGAGGCUCUGCUGGCCGUGCGCGAUGCACUCCUGGGGGGAGCAGCGGGGGAAGCAGAAGCGGGAGCGUUGGUGGAUGGCGGAAACAGCUCGUGGGCGGCGAUACUGAGCAGCUGGAAUGCGAGCAGCAGCAGCAGCGCUAGUGCGUGUGAGUGGUACGGCGUGGGGUGCACAGCAGACGGGCAUGUGCACACGCUGCACCUGCUGGGCGAUGCCACAGUCGCACUGCACCCCAACGUCGUCCCCGACAUGCCUGACUGCCAGUACAACCAGCAGGGGGAGGUGACAUGCACCUCCGAGCCCCCGCCACCUCCCCGCUCCACGAGCUUUUUCCUGCAGGGCCUGCCUGGUGACAGCGGGAGCGGGAGCACGAGUGGGAGUCUGUCGGAGGCGUUGGGGCAGCUGACGCAGCUGACGUCGCUACGCAUCUCCGGGCACGUCCUCUCUGGCGGCCUGCCGUCAUCCCUCUCACGCCUCUCGCACCUCGUCGCUCUCGACCUCUCCUCCAACCGCCACCUCUCCGGCUCCAUCCCCCCCGCCCUCUUCACUCUCCCCUCGCUGCGAGAGCUCUCCCUCCGCGGGAACAACCUCACGGGAGCAGCCCUCCCGACCACCACUGCAGCAGCAGCAACACUGCUCUCACCAAGCUUGGAGAGUCUAGACGUGGGGGGGAACGCUCUGUCGGGGUCCAUUUCAGCGCAGGUGAGUCUUCUGACGGGGCUGACGCGCCUGGCGCUGGACCACAACCGGCUGGACGGCAGCUUGCCACGGGAGCUUGGCGCGCUCUGGAUGCUCCGAGACCUGCAGAUGCAGGGGAACGCCCUCCGGGGCGGGCUCUUUGAGGUCGCCACUGCCAUCGACCCCCCUGCUGACGCCCCUGCUGCUGCUGCAGGGGGGGCUGUUCCCUUGUCCCGGCCACGUUACCCGCGGAGCCUGACCAAAAUUUUUCCGUUGUUAGACUCCCUGGACGUGAGCAGCAACCAGCUGUCCAGUGACGCCAACGUGCUCUUUGUCCCCUGGGACGCAAACUACAGAGCGUACGAGGUGAAGCACCCCUUCCCGCGCAUGCGCUACCUGAACGCGUCGCACAACAACCUCACAUUCCAGUACGAGCUGAACGUGCAGACGAUCGCAUCCGUGGUGGACCUCUCCCACAACCGAAUCAAUGGCACGGUGGACGACGUCAUUGGCGUCGCCUAUUGGCCGCACGCAGUGGGCGGCGAGCUGGACCUCUCGCACAACUUGCUCACCUGCACGCUGGAAGAAAUAGUUGAAGUGCCGUGGUGGCCCAAUGGCUUGAUGGAUGUGCUGCGCCUCUCGCACAACCACCUAUCGGGGACUGUGACCUCGUAUAUGCUGGGAUCAGUGGGCGUUGAGCUGGACCUCUCCCACAACCGCCUCACCGGCACGCUGCCGGCGCUGAAUCCCGCAAUGAGCGUCGUCAACCUCUCCCACAACAACUUCUCUGGCGCCAUCCCGCCUCUCGAUGGCUCCCUGGAGACGUGUGACUUGUCGCACAACCAGCUGGAAGGGGCAAUCCCGCCGCUGGGACCGCAAUUGGUGCACGUGAACGUGAGCUGUAACAGCCUGAGUGAGCUCAACGCGGCAGUGCUUCUCCAGGAUGCGAGUGUGCUGCGCAGUCUGGACGUGUCUCAUAACGCCAUCACUGGGGGGCUACCCACUGUGGGGGAGAGCAGCAGCAGCAGUGGCAAUGGGCUCACGAGCCUCACUCAUCUCGACCUCUCCUUCAACUCCUUCUCUGGCGCCCUUGCACAACACCACCUCCCGUUCCCAACCACAGCCGCAUGCAGCGUGGUGCAGAGCGGUGCAGAGGUGCGGCUGAGCCACAAUGCGCUGACUGGGAGCAUCCCUGAUGCUGUCUUCUCCCCGUGCCUCUCCCUGUUGGACCUCUCCCACAACCAGCUCUCCGGUCCCAUCCCAGACCCUCUCAAAGCUGACAACCAGAGCACCUCCUUUUUCCCUCUGUCCCACUUGGACCUCUCUUCCAACCAGCUCACAGGACCCAUCCCCGAUGCUCUAACCACCAGCCUCACAGAUCUAACUCACUUAAGCCUCUCCCACAACCAGCUCUCUGGCUCCAUCCUGCCUCUCUCCGCCUGCCCUCGCUGCACUCACAUGGACCUCUCUUACAACCUCUUAACUGGCGCAAUCCCUGACCUACUCCAAGACACCACUCAGAACCAGAGCGCCUCCCGUUUUCCUCUUUCCCACUUGGACCUCUCUUCCAACCAGCUCACAGGACCCAUCACUGAUGCUCUCACCACCAGCCUCACUGGUCUAACUCACCUGAGCCUCUCCCACAACCAGCUCUCCGGCUCCAUCCUGCCGGUGGCUGCCUGCGCUCGCUGCACUCACGUGGACCUCUCUUAUAACCUCCUCUCUGGUGCCAUUCCCCCCCUCCUCGCCUCCUCCUCCACUCUCGCCCGCCUCAACCUCCGCAGCAACCUGCUCUCAGGCUCUCUGCCGCGCUCGCUUGCCCUCGCCCCCAUGCUGACCCACCUGGACCUCUCAUGCAACAAGCUCAAGGGCUCCCUGCCUGCCUUCUGCCAGGGCAAGCAGCGCCUCGCCUCUCUCCUCCUCUCCUCCAACGCUUUCUCCGGCCCCCUCUCCUCCCUCCUCCCCUCCUCCUCCUCCUGCGCCUCCUCCCUCCUCUCCCUCAACGUCUCCACCAACCAGCUCUCCGGCUCGCUCCCCGCAUCCCUCUCGCGCUUCACCGCUCUGCACUCCUUGCAGACGGCACGCAACCGCAUGAGUGGCAGCAUCCCUGCAGGGCUGGCGUCCCUGAAGGCCCUGCAAGAGCUGGAUGUGUCGUGGAGCGGGCUGUCAGGCACCAUCCCUGCACGCCUGCGUGCUGCUGCCCCCUCCCUGCAAGUGCAACUCGCUGGCAACUCCCUCUCUGGCUCCGUCCCCCCCUCUCUCUCCGACCUACCAGUGUCCUGCUUCCGCCCUGGCAACCCCAAGCUCUGUGGGAAACCCCUGCCUGACUGCAAGAAGCGCUCUACGAAGCCUAGGAAGGGCAGGGUGUAG